GAACACGUAAAACGGGAAUCAGAGUCGCUGUUGGCUGAGAGAUUUCACACUUGUCAAACUAUUGAAAAAGUUUUAGAAUCAAGUUUAUUCUGAUAGAAACAAUGGCAGACGAAGCUGGUACGAGUUCGCAAUCGUUUGCCGAUAAACAGGCCGAGCGUAUGAAGCGGCUGAGAGAACUGCACUCAAAAAGGAAUGAAGCCCGGCAACAAAAUCAUAAAGAAGUUAUCGAAGAAGACAAAAGAAAUAAGUUACCGUCUAAUUGGGAAGCUCGUAAGCGUCAGGCAGACUGGAUCAUGAAAGAUGAAGAAGCUAGAAAGGAAGCACGGGCCAACGGAGAAGACUACGAUAGAGUGAAGCUAUUGCAAAUAGACGCAACAGAGGCUGAGCGCCUGGCUCGUAAACGGAAAAAGAAAAAUCCAGAUCCUGGAUUUGCAGACUUUGAACAGGCAACUAUCAGACAAUAUAAUCGAUUGGUCAAAGGUAUUAAACCAAAUAUGGAAAACUAUGAAGCGGCCAAGGAAAAGCUUGGCGCUGCAUUUUAUGGUGAUAGGAAUACAAUUCUACAAGGACUCCACGAAGACAAGAAGGAUGCCGUUGAUAGAUUGGUCGAAGAUGUGGAAAAACAAAUUGCUAAACGUGAGAAAUACAGUCGUCGUAGAAUGCACAACGACGAUGCGGAUAUCGACUAUAUCAACGAAAGGAAUGCCAAAUUCAAUCAAAAAUUGGAACGGUUUUAUGGAGAACACACUCGUGAAACUAAACUCAACUUGGAACGUGGUACCGCUAUUUAACGAAUUAUCAUUUCGUUCAUGCGAAUGUUUAAGUCACCUCUAUUGGUGAUCAUUUCGAUUCUAUGCCGUGUCUUAAUUAGUCACGGCAAGCAUUACUCGUAUCUUGUAGAGAAUUUUUUUAAAAAUCCGUAGAAAUUUUGUAAAAUAAUAGAGACAUGGAUAACAUACUAAUUAGUAGACGUUACUAAUUGUAUAGGAUGGACCCAUCUCUAAAUUUAUUUUAUAUUAAUUUUCGCUGGUCUUGAUUUCUUUCCGUAAUCAGCUUUCGCGAUACCUCAUGACUCAUUUAUUAUUCAGCCACGCGAUAAUUUGUACGGUUUUACCAUUUUGUGCACUUUGGCACGGCUGCACGGAGUUCUGGCGCAGUACAGUUUUUCAAUUGAAUAACAUUAUAUACACAAUCUGUUGGGAACUUAAUAAAAAAAAAAUCGUACGAAGAUCGUUGGUAUUCUUGUUUCGGUAGGAAGGAAAACUUAUAACAAGUUGCAACUGGCCCAGAUUUUGACAAAAUUAAAUUAAGUCAGAAGAUCCCAAACUGCGUACAAUCUAGCGUGUGGCGAUUCAUGCAAUAUUUAUUGUUAUUUUACAAUAAAAAAGAUUAAACUGGACUUAGAAUCGGUAGUAUUGGUUUGAAGAUAACAAUAAUAAUGGUUGAACAGUUGAAUGUAAAAUACGUAUUUCUCAUUUUGAAUAAAAAAUUAAAUUAAUUUACAUUAUUACAA